AAUUGGAAUCAUCGAUAUCGGAAAUUCUUCAGACCAAUGAUCCAUUAGAUGGUUGCGAUUUUAGCCCUAUCGAGUAUCUUAAUCAAAUUCUUCCAAAUGAACAUGCACUAGCGUCAAUUGAUGUAACGGCUAAAAUACUCCAGGCAAAAAUGCGUCAGAUGGAGGCGGAUAUUAGGGAGCUCACGAGAAUGCAAACUGAUUGCGGGCAACGAGGAUCAAAAGAAGUCGCAGAGGCCAAAAAGGCCAUAGAGGAUCUCUUCAAUCAAAUAAGGCAAAUCAAAGAGAAGGCUUCACAGUCAGAAGUAAUGGUACAGGAGAUUACUCAAGACAUAAAGUCCCUAGAUUAUGCUAAGAAACACUUGACCACGUCGAUUACCGCUUUGAAACGAUUGCAAAUGCUUGUUACUGCUGUUGACCAAUUGAAAGUCAUGGCCAAAAUGAAACAGUACAAAGAGACAUCACAGCUCCUACAGGCAGUUCUUCAACUUAGCUCCUAUUUUAAAAGUUACAAGAGUAUCAAGCAAAUAGCCGAGUUAUCGUCUUCGGUAAAUUCACUGCGAAAUGAACUGAAAAAUCAAAUAUUUGAGGACUUUGAAUCAAGUUUUUCAAUAGAUGGAAGUUUAACCGUUCAAGCUGCACCUUUGGUAGAUGCUUGCUUAGUAAUUGAUAUAAUGGGUGCAGAUGUCAAAAAGCAAUUGAUCGAUUGGUAUUGCGACAGACAACUGGGCGAUUAUAAGCGAAUAUUUCGGGGAAGCGAUGGGAAUUCAUCUUUGGAAAAUACGUCGAGAAGGUAUUCGUGGUUAAAGAGAGUUUUGAAAAGUUAUGAUGAAGAGCACGAUUCAAUAUUUCCAGCAGAUUGGCGCGUAAGCGAGAUACUGUGCAUUAAAUUUUGCGAAAUCACAAGAGAGAACUUGUCCAAUACACUUUCAAAGACAGAGAAUGAGUUAGAUGUCAAAACUUUAUUAAAAAAUCUUCAAUUGACUAUUGAAUUUGAAA